AUGGAUGGUUUGAAUACUCCUGGUCGCCUGGCACUCAACUCUGCCUUCAACUCACCUCGGCUGACUGGCAAUCAGCGCUGCCCUCCUUCGACCCGCGAAAAGCCGAUUGCAAAGUUCAAUCAGGCAAAAGAAUUUCUGAAAUUCCGGAGAAGCGGAAGACAAUACGACAAGGAGUUGCCUUCUAUCAGUGUAACUGCAAGCGGGGAAAGUCGGGGAAUCCUGUGGCAGGAAUCCAGCGAGGCCUGGCAAUGCAUCCACAGCCACCAUCGAGACGGCUUCGACUGGUAUCUCCAAACCGACGACGAUGUGUACGUGAUGAUGGAGAACCUGAGGUACUUCAUGGCCUCCAAGAACAAGGAAGAUAUUAUCGCCUGUGGGCAUACAUUUAAGAGGAAUGACACUGACACGUAUUUUGCUAGAGGACCAGACGAAGAAUUGCCUUCAAUCGGAGUGACUGCAAAAGGGGAAAGUCGGGAAAUCCUGUGGCAGAAAUCCCGAGAAGCUUGGCAGUACAUCCACGACCACCAUCGAGACGGUUUCGACUGGUAUAUCCGGACUGAUGACGAUGCGUACGUGGUGAUGGAGAACCUGAGGUACUUCCUAGCCUCCAAAAAAAAAGAGGAUCUCAUCGCCUACGGAUAUAAAUUUAAACAGGAAGGCUCUGGCGCGUAUUUUGCUGGAGGACCUGGUUACGUGAUGACUCGUCCAGCGAUGAUCCGGAUGGUGACUCAAGCGUUACCCAUGAAAAACAACAGCUGUUUCCCACCUGGUGGUCAAUUUGAGGACUGGAAAAUGGGUCAAUGUUUGGCGAGCGUGGGUGUCACCCUUGGAGACGACCGAGACGCUGAGGGCCGCUUCCGCUUUUUCCCAUUGAAUGUAGGCGCUCAUAUCAUGUUUGGUGCCAAUCCACCGAUCGGUCCCUGGUCGAAUCUCACCUGGUUCGAGAAGAUUACGUUCUAUCCGAUCAAGCUGGGAUUCCAAUGCUACGAAGAGUUGCCUUCCAUCGCGUUGCCUUCAAACCAGAUAAGCCAGCAGAUCCCAUGGCAGAAUUCCCUUGAAGCCUGGCAGUACGUCCACGACCACCAUCGAGACGGCUUCGACUGGUAUCUCCAAAUAGACGACAAUGCGUACGUGGUGAUGGAGAACCUCAAGUACUUCCUGGCCUCCAAGAACAAGGAGGAUCUUCUCGCAUACGGAUACAAAUACAAGCGGAACCUCACAGGUCUUAAUUCCGCGAGAAGAUCAGGUUACGUGAUGAGUCGUCCAGCCUUGAUUCGGAUGGUGACGGAAGCGUUUCGCUCGGAGGACCAUCCCUGGCCUCCGUAUGGAAAUGAAACGGAUGAGUGGAAAAUAGGUGAGCUCUUGGAGAGAGUAGGGGUGACCCUGGGCGACGACCGAGACUCGGAGGGCCGAUGUCGUUUCUUCCCAUUGGGAGUGGGCAGUCAGUUCAUGCCCGGAGCCGAUCCGCCAAUUGGGCCAUGGUCGAAGAGGUCUUCGUUCGAGAAGGAUAGGUACUAUCCCCCCAAGCCGAGAUUCGAGAGCUGUUCUCCGACCGGCAUCUAUUUCCACUCCAUCAGCUUCCUCCAGAUGUACUCACUGGAGUAUGUCACCGAACAUCUCCGAGUGCAUGGCAUGGAUUAUGUAUAACCACC